AGAGAGAGAGAGAGAGAGAGAGAGAGAGAGACGUUCAAUGCUCUAUUGCAGAAAGAAUAAAAAACGAUCGAACAGAACUAGCGAUUUUCUUCACUCCCUCCGAUACUACGAGAUUUAUCGUAAUUGUUGAUUGCUCCGACCUUAGCUCAAAUCUGGUAUGUCUGAUCGAUUUUUUAUCAUAACGAUAAAUCUAAUAUCUUCUCAAUCUUACUAGGGAUCUUCUAUGCACAUGCGGUGGAAUGUAUCUUCUUUAAUCUUUCUGUAACUUUUUGUAUUUUUGAUUUUGAUCGAAGGUUUAAUUCUGAGCAUUGAUAUGGUUUUGGAUUGGUUGGAAAAUUAUUGGGUAUAGUGUAAGUGGUCAAUUGUUACUUAUCUGGUUUCUGGAUAUCACUCGUUUGAUGAUGAAUUCGUGCUUUUGAUGCAGAAAAUCUGAUCAAUUUUCUUAAUUGUGAUACUUAGCGAAUAACUGGUAUGGGUUCGAAGUAAUUUUUUUCUUUGUUGUUGAUGGUGGAUUACAUAUUUAUAUGGGUGAUUUGCAUUCUCUGUUAGUAGAUGGUUUGGUUGAGCUGGUUUAUGAAUGUUUUAAUUAAUAAGACAAUCAGGUAUUGAGUAUCCUCCUUGGAUAACUCGUUUUAUGUACAUUGGUAUUCAUAUGAUAUGUAGCCGAUUAAAUUUGGUGAAAUUAAUGAAAGAUACUCUGUUGUGCAGGUUAUAGAUGGCAUCAAUGGUUGCUAAGGCCUGUGGUAAUUCCAGUCAAAUGUCGCCUGCUAUAACAGUCCAAGAAAAGGGGAGUAGGAAUAAGAGGAAAUUCAGGGCUGAUCCGCCUUUAGCUGACCCUAAUAAGUUCAUCUUGUCACCUCAAAAUGCAUGUGCAAGCUAUGAAUUCUCGGCCGAGAAAUUUGAGAUCAUCCCGACUCAUGGACACCUCGAUGGGUGUGACAUGUGUAGUGUCGACCAGGACCAUUUCGAUGCUCUGAAACUUGACCUUGGAUUGUCUUGUGCAGUAGGAUCUUCUGAGGUGCAGCCCAGCCGGCUAAGAGAAGAUAUAGAAGCAACAGAUGAGUUCCAUGAUGCUGAUUGGAGUGAUCUUACAGAAUCCCAGCUAGAAGAACUUGUUUUGAGCAACUUGGACACAAUUUUCAAGAGUGCAAUUAAGAAAAUAGUUGCUUCUGGUUAUAGUGAAGAAGUUGCUACCAAGGCUGUUUUAAGGUCUGGCCUAUGUUAUGGGUGUAAAGACACAGUGUCGAAUAUAGUGGACAAUACUUUAGGAUUUCUUAAAAGUGAUCAAGAUUUUGAUCCAUCAAGGGAACAAUAUUUUGAAGAUUUACAGCAAAUGGAGAAGUAUAUAUUGGCAGAAAUGGUUUGCGUUCUUCGUGAGGUUAGGCCUUUCUUCAGCACUGGGGAUGCCAUGUGGUGCUUGUUGAUAUGUGACCUGAAUGUGACGCAUGCUUGUGCAAUGGAUUGUGAUCCCUUGAAUAGUUUAGUUGGUGAUGGAGCUCCAAAUCGGAAUGCCUCCAUUUCUGGCCACCCCCAGUUGAGAACAGAAUCAAAAAGUUUUGAACUCAACCUUUCAGAUACCUGUAAACCAAAUUCUUCAACUGCUUGUGAUCAUAGUUGUCCUUCUGAGACACCCACCAUGGCUUCAAUUUCUUGUGCCCCUAGUUUGCAAGCCGAGUCCACAAUGGCAGGGAUUUCGAACUUAAAACCAAAAACUUCCUUUGCUCAUAAUAGACUUGCCCUGGAGAAAGACUACCCAAAUUUUACAUCUGAUGCUACUGAUAAAUCCCUUAGUCUAUCAGGAGCAUCCCAUUCUCCAGUUCCUGAAGAAAAAUUUGGGACAAGCAGAAAGAUUUCUGGUACUGCUAGGAGGGAAUAUAUACUUCGACAGAAAUCAAUGCAUUUGGAGAAACACCACCGUACCUAUGGUUCCAAAGGGGCCACCAGAGCUGGGAAACUCAGUAGUUUUGGUGGAUUGAUUUUGGAUAAGAAACUAAAAUCUGUGUCAGAAGCCACAGGUGUCACUGUUAAGGGCACCUCCUUAAAAAUUAGUAAUGCAGUUGGAGUGGAUGUUCCCCAAGGCAUUUCAAACCACAAUCUCUCAACAAACAUCGAGCUCCCUCCCCCUUCAACAAUUAGCUUGGAAACCGCUAAUGGCAAUUGUACUUCUAUAUUACCUAAAACCAAUAUCCCAUCUGCAUUACCAACAAUCUCUACCCCACCUGUCUUAUCAUCUGCUGACACUGAGCUUUCUCUCUCACUGCCUUCACAAAGCAAUUCUGCUCCGAUGCUCAUCAGCUGUAAUGCUGAGGCUCCUAAUUGUGAUCAUACUGGGAUACUGUUUGACAAGUCAUUGGGGCAGUGGAUCCCACUGGACAAGAAGGAUGAAACAAUUCUGAAGCUGGGUUCAAGGGUGCGGGAACUGCAAAAUCAGCUUCAAGAGUGGACUGAAUGGGCUAAUCAGAAGGUUAUGCAGGCUACUCGUAGGCUGAGCAAAGACAAGGCUGAGCUCAAGACACUUAGGCAAGAGAAAGAAGAAGUGGAGCGGCUCAAGAAAGAAAAGCAAGCGUUGGAGGAGAACACCUUGAAAAAACUUUCUGAGAUGGAAAAUGCCUUAUGUAAAGCUAGUGGGCAGGUGGACAGAGCAAACACCGCUGUUUGUAGGCUUGGGGUGGAGAAUGCUGCACUUAGGCAAGAGAUGGAGGUUGCCAAAUUACGGGCGGCGGAGUCAGCUGCAAGCUGUCAGGAGGUGUCUAAAAGGGAGAAAAAGACACUGAUGAACUUUCAGUCAUGGGAGAAACAAAAGACUUUGUUUCAUGAGGAGCUAGCAGCUGAGAAAAGAAAGUUGGCCAAGCUGCAGAAGGAAUUGGAUCGAGAUAAAGAUCUCCGGGAUCAACAUGAGGCUGUAUGGAAGCAGGAAGAAAAGGCAAAGGAAGAAUUGCUUACACAGACCAGUUCAUUAAAAAAAGAAAGAGAACAGAUUGAAGCUUCAGCCAAAUCAAAGGAGGAUAUGAUCACAGUGAAAGCUGAAAGCAAUCUGCAGAAAUACAAAAGUGCUAUUGAGAAGCUUGAGAAAGAAAUAUCCCAGUUGAGACUAAAGACAGACUCUUUAAAAAUAGCUGCUCUAAAAAGAGGCAUUGAUGGAAGUUAUGCUGGCAGACUGAUAGACUUGCAAAAUGCUCCGGCUCCCAAGGAGUCCCAGAUACCUUAUAUUUCAAAAAUUGUGGGAGAUUUUAAGGACUAUUCUGGUGAUGAAGGGGUGAAACGCGAGCGGGAAUGUGUGAUGUGCCUAUCAGAGGAGAUGUCUGUGGUUUUCAUCCCAUGUGCCCAUCAGGUGGUCUGCACAACAUGCAAUGAGCUCCACGAGAAGCAAGGAAUGAAGGACUGCCCUUCUUGUAGGAGUCCCAUCCAGCAGCGUAUUUGUGUACGUUAUGCUCGCCCUUAACUUAUUUCUGGAAUUGAGUUGAGUUUACUAAAUAAUGUUGUGUGGGAUUCUUUCAAAAUGAAUGAUGCAUUUGAAUUACCCCUUCCAAAAGUUCAGACAAUUAAGCUUGCAUUUAUGAUUGCUGUAAGAAAAAGGAAAAAAGUAUUUGUCAAGCACGGGGUUGUAAAUGAUGGUUCCUCCGUUAGGUAAAUAAGGGUGUGCUUUUCUCAGUCUGUUUGGCAUUUUGAUCUUCAUUUUCGAAUGAUAUACCGAAAAAAAUUCUGGGAGGAAUGUUUUGGACUCCAGCCUCAAACCUUUUUGGGUUCUUAUAUGGAUUUCAUACGUUCACCUAGAAUCAUCUUCAG